AUGUGCUGCAUGGCCAAUAAGAGAAAAUCUCGAGUGCUCCCAUAAGUAGACAGAAAGUCUGUAUUCAUUAACAACAAAAUGAUUUCCAAAACCCUUACAACGCAAUUUAUGCAGGAAAAUGAAUAUGUUUAAGAAUAAGAAUCUAUAAAUAUAUUGAGAACAUUAAGAUUAAAAUAAAAAGACACUAUACAAUUAGAAAAUUUAUCAUUUCAAACAAGCAACAAGCUUAUCAUUGAAAAUAAUCAACAAUAAGCAUCAAACUUGAGUAAUAACAAGGAUGUCAUUCGUUUUGAAUAAAUUGAGGGGAAAAAUAAACAGAAAUAUAGGAUCAGGUCUAAUACAUGGACUUUUAAAAAUGAUUAAGUUAGUUAUGAGAGUUCCCCUCAUUAAUAGACUGAUUAAGAAGAUGCCAAUUUUGAGGACAACUCUUAAAGUUUCAAAAGUUCCUUUAGAAAGUAGUAUAGUAGUCACCGUUCUCAUAAUCCAAUACGAAACGGAGAUGCAUCUUUUAACAGCUCAAUUCAAAGCUAUACAGAUUCUCAAAAUAGUUCAAUUCAGAAUGAAAGUAGUAGUCUGAUAAUAUAAAAGUUUGAACUUGAGGGAGCUUAAGAUCUUAUAAAUUUAGGCAAGAACUAGAGUAACAUAGAUGAAUAAGAUGAAACUUCUCUUUUAUCUCUUGAAAUUAUUUCAAAUUUAAACACUGAUGACUUCUCAGUUAAUGACUCAUUUGAAAGAGAGUAAAGAUCCCAUAAAUAUCAGAGUAUGAAUACUGUAAUAAAUAGAUAUAGCAACAUUAUCGCUAAUUUGUAUUAAGAGAAUGGCAAAAAAUAUUCUCAUCAAACUGAUUUUUUGUCCUAAAAAUUAAUUGAUUUAACCCUUUCUCAUUUUCAAAACAUGGACAAGUAAAAACGAAAUACUAAAAGAUUAGAGGAUUAGAUAAAAUCCAUUAAUAUUGUUAAACAUAAUAAAACUAAUGAUGAAAUCGAACAUUGUAAAAUGAAUUUCGGGCCUAAAAUAAAUACCAACUAAGGUGAAUUGAUGGCCAUUAAAGUAAAAUAACGACGAGAGGAUAUUGUAUAGAGUCCUAUAUAAAGGAAGCUUUUGGUUCAUUAAAAUCUAAACUAUUGA